CAUGGCAGGAAUGCAGGAAAUGUGCCUGGACAAGUCAGGAGGGAAGCUAUGAGGAAGCAAUGUGGCAGUGUAACAGUGACAGCGCUGACAGGAAGCGCAGAGUGUGAGUGUGUCGCUGUGUGACAGGAAGCUCUGUGUGAGUGUGUGUCAUUUGCAGAGGAAGCCCAGAGAGUUUGUUAAUGAAACGUCAGGCCAGCAGUGACAAUCUGUCCUUCCGGCACCCUCUGCCCACCUCAGCACUGUGACACCCUGAGGGGGAGGCCCGGGCGCGAUGACUCCCCUCAAACUGAAUGAAGAGGAAAUGGCAGAUGUUAAGAGAGAUACCAUCGAAUGCCUGCGGCCCUAUUUGUGUGAGAAACUUAUGGCAGAAAGACACUUCGAUUACCUACGCUGCAAAACCAUACUAAACAAAGACGACACCGAGGAAAUUUUGAGCCAGACAACAAGUCGGAAGAGAGCCGGAGAGCUGUUAGAUCGACUGUCCAAAAAUCCUAAGGGCCUCGAUGCUCUGAUUGAAUCAAUCAGGCUCCAGAAAACCCAGGAUUUCCUCAUAGAGAAGAUCACAGAUGAGGUCCUGCGCGUGAAAAACGAAAAGCUGGAAUUCUCCAAAGGGGACUACUUACACCCUUCACCGACCGCACCAAAUGGACUAACUACUGACCUGUACAAGCAGUGUUCCGACAACAGGCUGCCGACACCGGAGUCCACCGUUCUCUAUCACCCCGAAGGGGAGUCCAGUCUUCCCCUUUAUUUUAACAGAUCUCUGACAAUUGCAAAUCCAUCAAUGGCGGACAACAGAACAAGGAGCAGCCGACAAAGUACGCCGUACUCUACCAGGCUCCCCAAACCAGGGGAGAUAGGAGCCCCCCCUCUUCCAGUCAUCCUUCCGCAGGCGCCCGAGGAAUCCCGCGCAAGCUCCCCCAUCGACAACCAGUUCCUUCCUCUCAGGUCCAGUUCACCCUCUAACCCGUCACCGUUAUACCGCGCUGCGUUCUGACAAUCUCAUGCGACAAUGGAGAUAUUUAUAAAAGAAGACAAAAAAAAGGACAUUUAAGGACGCAGAAUUUGUUAUUGAUUCAUCACACGGUGCUCAGGUAUAUCUCACCUGUAAAGUAACAGGUUUCAUACAUCGUUUAUUUUUCACUUCUAUGUUUAUAAUAGCCGGUAUAACGAAAUACCUAAUAUUCACUUACUCCCCAUUUGUCCAAGCAGUAAAAUAAAAAGAUAGAUAGAUAGAUAGAUAGAUAGAUAGAUAGAUAGAUAGAUAGAUAGAUAGAUAGAUAGAUAGAUAGAUAGAUAGAUAGAUAGAUAGAUAGAUAGAUAGAUAGAUAGAGUGGUAGUGUGUGUAAUAACUCACACGGUAACAUUCAUCUGUCAUACAUAGAAUGGUAUUGGACUUUUUACAACAGGGGAGAACAACCUCUUUGUUCCACGGGCCACAUUGGGAGAUAACACACGACUGAUUGCAAUAACACAUAACUUUCUUACACGUGUAAAAUACAUAGAAGUGAUUACAGGAAUAUGAUAUUCUCCCCUAUGUAGCAACACACUCUCCUGUGCAACGUCUAGCUAAACUCCGCAGUUGUACAGGAUGUGUGUGAUGGAGGCCGGACACCGGUCAGCCAGGGUGGUCCCUCGUGGGACGGACACAGUGACAGUGAGAUGCAAUAUAGAUAAAGGGGGACCCCCAAUAGAAAUACUGCAGUAGUGUUUCUGUCCUGGGUCUCUCUGUAUCUGCAUCAUACAGAGGAUUUACAGGCCGCAUAUGCACCGCUAGUACAGAAAUCCGCUGCUUUAACACAGGGCACUGAUAUCUAUCUAUCUAUCUAUCUAUCUAUCUAUCUAUCUAUCUAUCUAUCAUCUAUCUAUUAUCUAUCUAUCUAUCUAUCUAUCUAUCUAUCUAUCUCAUAUCUAUCUAUCAUCUAUCUAUCUAUUAUCUAUCUAUCUACUAUCUAUCUAUCAUCUAUCUAUCUAUCUAUCUAUCUAUCUAUCUAUCUAUCUAUCUAUCUAUCUAUCUAUCUAUCUAUCCAGUAUAUAUAAUUUUGUUUUUUAAAUUGUGUUUCUGAUUUCUUACCGGUGUAUAUCGUCUGCAGCCAUCUUUGGGCCUCAUUCAGCAUCAGUUGUAAAUGCGAAUGAUCGCGCAAUAAGUGAUUAUCGGCACACUGCAAAUGCGUACACAAGUGCGUGUGCGCAUGGUGUCCGUGUUCCUAACUAGGUGUCUGCGAACACAGUAGCAAUCGUAGCAAUGAUAAAGUGGUGGAGGUGUGUCAGUGGGAUGGGUCCGCAAUUUCCGCGAUGCGGGGUGAGUAGCGGGUGUAUCGUGGGCGUUGCAAUCGCAACAUAUGAGAAACUAAUUCCAGGAAUUGCGAACGCUUCAACAGCACAGGCUGAGUAACCAGAGAGCUGCGCAGACUGCGGAAGUAGCGAUGGUGGCAGCAAACGUUCCGAUGUUCAGCACAGUCACAGGCAGCAGGUGUCACAGUGGUGCAGGGGACGCUGUUAGCACGCUGCAGGCUUAAUUACACACAUGAGCUUUUUACAAUCGACAAAAUAACACUUUUCCUUAGGUACAGUGUGAUGUUAUGUGUGUGAGCGUUGUAGCACAGUGUUGUGCGGAACUUAUUACUAUUGUAAGCAACGCUUAAACAUUUACAUGUACGUUUUGUAUUUACACCAUGACCCUUAGUGCCGGCCUAACAUUACUCUGACAAGCUGCCACCCAUCCCAGUACAUUACUGCAAUAUGAUUUCUGUACGCCAUAUUGUAACAUAGCUACAUUAUUAAUAUACACGUCAGUUAUAAAUGAAUAUACCUGGUUUUGAGCUGACAUUGAUGUAUAAGAGAUGCGUUUAGUGUCGUAACUUUGAGAGAAUGUACGCAGUGUUGCGUUUGUAGCUGCGCGUGCAAUGGGAGUGUGUUAGAUUUGCGAUGGGGUUGUAGUAUACGCAGAUGCAUUUGUGGGUUUGACUCGAGGUCUUUGCAGAUUUGCGACUGCGAUCGCAAUCUGUGUACGUUCAAUCACAACUGCAAUCCGAGCUGAAUGAGGCCCUUUCUUCUUAAAUUGUCAGAUUGCUGCUAAAUCUGUCUCCCCCUCUGCUUUGCAGUUCGGGCCCAGUGGCAGGAACUGAGAGGAGAAAAGGGGCGACCUCUACUUUGCAGUGCGGGCCCAGUGUCAGAAACUGAGGGGAGAAAAGGGGCGGACUCUACUUUGCAGUGCGGGCCCAGUGUCAGGAACUGAGGGGAGAAAAGGGGCGGACUCUACUUUGCAGUGCGGGCCCAGUGUCAGGAACUGAGGGGAGAAAAGGGGCGGGCCCAGUGUCAGGAACUGAGGGGAGAAAAGGGGCGGCCUCUACUUUGCAGUGCGGGCCCAGUGUCAGAAACUGAGGGGAGAAAAGGGGCGGCCUCUACUUUGCAGUGCCGGCCCAGUGUCAGGAACUGAGGGGAGAAAAGGGGCGGGCCCAGUGUCAGGAACUGAGAGGAGAAAAGGGGCGACCUCUACUUUGCAGUGCGGGCCCAGUGUCAGAAACUGAGGGGAGAAAAGGGGCGGACUCUACUUUGCAGUGCGGGCCCAGUGUCAGGAACUGAGGGGAGAAAAGGGGCGGGCCCAGUGUCAGGAACUGAGGGGAGAAAAGGGGCGGCCUCUACUUUGCAGUGCGGGCCCAGUGUCAGAAACUGAGGGGAGAAAAGGGGCGGCCUCUACUUUGCAGUGCCGGCCCAGUGUCAGGAACUGAGGAGAGAAAAGGGGUGGCCUCUACUUUGCAAUGCGAGCCCAGUUUAAGGAACUGAGGGGAGAAAAGGGGCGGCCUCUACUUUGCAGUGCGGGCCCAGUGUCAGGAACUGAGGGGAGAAAAGGGGCGGCCUCUACUUUGCAGUGCGGGCCCAGUGUCAGGAACUAAGGGGAGAAAAGGGGCGGCCUCUACUUUGCAAUGCGAGCCCAGUGUCAGGAACUGAGGGGAGAAAAGGGGCGGCCUCUACUUUGCAGUGCGGGCCCAGUGUCAGGAACUAAGGGGAGAAAAGGGGCGGCCUCUACUUUGCAGUGCCGGCCCAGUGUCAGGAACUGAGGAGAGAAAAGGGGUGGCCUCUACUUUGCAAUGCGAGCCCAGUUUAAGGAACUGAGGGGAGAAAAGGGGCGGCCUCUACUUUGCAGUGCGGGCCCAGUGUCAGGAACUGAGGGGAGAAAAGGGGCGGCCUCUACUUUGCAGUGCGGGCCCAGUGUCAGGAACUAAGGGGAGAAAAGGGGCGGCCUCUACUUUGCAAUGCGAGCCCAGUGUCAGGAACUGAGGGGAGAAAAGGGGCGGCCUCUACUUUGCAGUGCGGGCCCAGUGUCAGGAACUAAGGGGAGAAAAGGGGCGGCCUCUACUUUGCAGUGCCGGCCCAGUGUCAGGAACUGAGGAGAGAAAAGGGGUGGCCUCUACUUUGCAGUGCCGGCCCAGUGUCAGGAACUGAGGGGAGAAAAGGGGCGGCCUCUACUUUGCAGUGCGGGCCCAGUGGCAGGAACUGAGAGGAGAAAAGGGGCGGCCACUACUUUGCAAUGAGAGCCCAGUGGCAGGAACUGAGAGGAGAAAAGGGCAGAGCAGAUUAGAAAAGAUAAAACUGGAAUAAAAUAUAAACCAAACACAAAGCAUUACCUAUAGGUAGUUUCCUUAUUAGUAAUUAUGAAACUGCUAAGUCAUGGUGAUAUGCCCACGUUAGGGUGUGUGUAAUCAGGAGGGGCAGGAUGUGGUGCUGUGGAUGGUAAUGUCCCACAACGUUGGCUGGUUACCCUGGGAAACGUCGCUGGUGAAGGUUAAUCCUGCCGUACAGUUUACAAGUACCAAGGCUGCAACAAUUGUGCCAACGAAAACUGUAAUAAUGCUAAACAUUAUACAGGCUGUGUGCAGAUACGUGUAAGUAACGCAUUGUAUCACCUGUAUAUGCUAGGAUUAUUACUAUGUAUGUAAUGUAAUUGUAUGUGCAGUACUCAGAGACACGAGGCACACACUAGAGCACAUUGCGGUGUUUGCUGCUGCACGUCAUGCUGUAUGUGGAGAGUUCAGCAUUAUAAUAUGUAUACAAUGGGAACAGCAUUAAUAAAGACAUUAUGCCCAACA